AGAAAAAUUCAAUAUUUUGGCUGACAUGGUCAUAUGCUUCUUAAAGUUAGAAACUGCAUGAGAGAGAGAGAGAGAGAGAGAGAGAGAGAGCUUUUAUUUUAGUGACAUGGUCAUAUGUUUUUGCUUCAUAAAGUUGGAGAGUUAUUAUUAUGCAAAGGAGAGAGAGAGAGAGAGAGAGAGAGAGAGAGAGAGGGAUUAAUAGUUGGUGGAGGUGGAAGUAGUGGAAGACAAUGAGAGACUGUGCAGGAAGAGGAUUGGAUGUAGAAGAAGAAGAAGAUCAAGAAGAAGUAGAAAUGGGUUUCAUAGUGCAGGAGAGGUCAUGUAGUACUGAAGAAAACAUGGUGUUCUCAGUGGAGUCACAGAAGGCAGUUCCUGCUCCAUUCCUGACAAAGACAUACCAGCUUGUUGAUGACCCUCGAACUGAUCACAUUGUUUCUUGGGGUGAAGACGAAUCCACCUUUGUUGUUUGGAGGCCUCCUGAGUUUGCUAGAGAUCUCCUUCCCAAUUAUUUCAAGCACAACAAUUUCUCUAGCUUUGUUAGGCAGCUCAAUACUUAUGGAUUCAAAAAGAUAGUAGCAGAUAGAUGGGAGUUCGCCAACGAGUACUUCAAGAAAGGAGCAAAGCAUUUGUUAACGGAGAUUCACAGAAGAAAAACCUCACAGCAACAACACCACCAUUAUUCCCAACUACACUUCCACCAAGACCACCACCACCAACAAUCCCAUUUUUCCCAACCUUCACAUGCAGAUAAUAAUAAUCUUCAUGAAACUACUACUACUUUGGGUUGGAUACAAAGUACUACUCCAUUGUUGCCAUCUCCAAAACCUUCUUCAGCAGGUAAUACCGAUAUUCUAACAGCACUCACAGAAGACAAUCAAAGACUCAGGAGAAAAAACUUCAUGCUCUUAUCAGAACUCACCCACAUGAAGAGCCUCUACAAUGACAUCAUCUUCUUCAUCCAAAACCAUGUCAAACCAGCUUUGAGCUACGACCAGCAGAGAAUUACCACUAGUAGUACUACUUCAGCUACUAACAACAUUAAUGGUGGUGGGGCUGCUAAACUCAUUGAGCUUGGUUCUUCAUUUCAGGAAAGGAGCAAUUUUGUUAACUCAGGUGUUGUGAGAAGAAGCUGCGGUCCAGCUGGUAAUAAUAAUAAUAAGACUUGUUCAGGAGUGAGUGUUGAUGAGGAAGGCAAUGGUGGUAGUACAGUAAAACUGUUUGGGGUCUCUUUAAGUGGCAAAAAGAGAAUGCACCCUGAACCGUUGGAUCAGCAGGAACCACCACUGGGUUGGACGGUAUCCGUUGAUUAGCUUUUUUUUUUUCUUUUUUUCUUUUUUUGUGUUGGGAAAGGAGUUAUAAAGCUAUGUAGAUAAACGGUGAUAAUUUUCAAUUUUAGUUAGCUUUGUGACUGUCAUGAGUAAAUUAAUCAUCUUUUGGAAUCUUCAUUAUAUUUCAAAGAGGAUGAAAUCUUGGACUUUGAUUGAAUAUAUAUAGAUAUUGCACGUU